GUACAGCGUGUUAAAUAUCUUAUAUUGAAAAAUGUUAUCAAGAAUCAGAGGAUUUGUAAGCCGUCAUAGGCGAAAGUUCAUAGUGGGAGGUAUUGUUAUUGGCAGUGUUAUUUUCAUAAGAUAUACACAGCGUAAGCUUCGAGAAUGGCAAGAAAAAGAGAUCAGAGAAAUGCUUGAAAGAACAAAGAGGCAACAGUACUUUGAAUGUAUUGAAAGAACAUGUGGUCAGAUGAUACUGACACUCGCGUCAACGUUAAGAGAUACUGUAAUUAAAAUCUUAGACACUGAAAUUAUUGUAAAUAAACUCAGAAAUGGUUGUACCGAUAAAGUAGCAUGUUGGAAUGAGUUGAAAGUUUUAGCGAUUGCCAAAUCAGCUGUUAUAAUAUAUUCGUAUGCAAUGGCAGCUACUUUAAUAAGGAUUCAGUUUAACAUAAUAGGCGGUCAUAUGUAUAAGGAUAUUCAAAACUCCAAUGGUGCAUCUGCGGAAAAUAUUGUACAGACAAAAUAUAUGUCUCUUUCAAGUCAUUUUAGGUGUGAUGGCAUACAAAAAUUGUGUACACUUAUUAAAGACAAGGUUGUAGAAAUAACAACUUCGAUUUCAUUGAAAGAUGAAUUAACUCUAAGAGAUGUGGAAGAAAUAUAUUGGGCCAUUACGUCCUCUAUAUCUACGGAUAGUUCGAGGGACCCUGUGAAGAAUCUCACUACAUAUAUGUUUCAAACAGAAUACAAUGGUGAAGAAGAUCCUAUGUUUUUGAAAUUGAUUAAUGAAACUUUAGAUCUUUUGGAAACUGAAGAAGUACAAAACAUAACGCAAAGUAAUAUCAGAAGUGGAUUUAGUUUGUUAAUAGAUCAUAUGUCUGAAUUUUUCACUGGUCCCCCUGCAAAGGAAAAUGGCAAAACUCCAAAUGGUAUUUCAGUACCGGGAACAUCAAACCAAAACCAUAUGGGUUGGAGGGAAAAGAGUAACACAGAAAUGAAUCCCAAUACAUUUGUUAACAUCAAUAAAGUGUCAAUGCCAAUGGCUAAAAUAAUACCAAUCAUAAAUGGACAAGUACCAGACAAAUCAAUGCCAAAAGCUUUCCAAACAGAUCUGUUACAUCGUUUAGUAGCAAAUAAUGAACUUAAAACACUUGGUGCAAAUAUCUAUGAAGCAUUCAGUUUUUAAAUAUCAAAGAUGCAAUUAUUUAAACCGUACACGACACUAUACGGCAUUAUACAGUAAUUUCUGCAUACAAAAUUUUAAUUGUUAAUCUAUUUAAAUAUAAAUGCAUUGUUUAUACUUUUAAGAAGAAAUACAAAUGUAUCUUUUAUAGUACAUUGUAGUAAAAAUUUUAUUAUAGAUAUUUACGAUAUGUUUAAGCUGCAAAGAUAAACUUCUGUCACUUUUUGUAUCCAACUGUGUAUUCAUAACAUCUGAAUAAUGAAGACAACCUAGUUAUAGUAGAACACAAAAACAGAAUUGUAUUACAAUACUUGUUAUG